GUGUAAGCGGACGUUUCCGGAGUCCUGGGCGUUGCUAGGAUACAGUAAACAGCCUGGGAUCUUGCAGUGGGGGAUCCGGAGAUCAGAUUGGAGAUCAGUGAUCAGGCACCAUGGAGAUAGUUUACGUCUACACGCGGAAGCGUGGCGAGUUCGGACGCCAGUGCAACUUCUCGGACCGCCCGGCGGAGCUCCACGUCGACAUCCUGCCAGACCCUUCGCAAGCCUUGAACUUCAUAGAGCGCAAUCCGUGUGAUGUCAGCAUCCAGUGCGCCCGCGACAUGUCCGAGCACGAGGUGAACACCGAGCGCUUUGCAAUGGAGGUCCGAGGGGUAAACCACGUGGAAGGGGGGUGGCCUAAAGACAUCAACCCGCAAGAAAUGGAACAGACCUCCCGAUACCGGAAGAAGGUGGAGAAAGACGACCAUUACAUCGCCACCAUCACGCAGCUGGGGAGCGUGAUGGAGCAUUGCAUCAAGCAGAACAACGCCAUCAAUAUUUACGAGGAAUACUUCGAGGAAGAGGAGGAGCUGGAGGGGAUGGAUGAAGCUCCGUCUGCCAAGACCAUCAAUGUCUUCAGGGACCCCAGUGAGAUCAAGCGCACUGCCACCCACCUCUCCUGGCACCCGGAUGGCGGCAGGAAGCUGGCCGUGGCUUAUUCUAGUCUGGAGUUCCAGCGAGCCCCCAAAGACAUGAGCUACGACUCCUACAUCUGGGAUAUCGAAAAUCCAAACAAACCGGAACUGACGCUGAAACCCGUAUCCCCGCUGGUCAGCUUGGAGUAUAACCCCAAAGACUCUCACAUCCUGGUUGGCGGCUGCUACAACGGACAGAUCACAUACUGGGACACCCGGAAAGGAGGACAACCCGUGGAGCUGUCCGUCAUUGAACACAGUCAUAGAGAUCCCGUUUACAAGGUCAUCUGGCUCCAAUCAAAGACUGGGACCGAGUGUUUCUCCACCUCCACAGAUGGUCAGGUCUUGUGGUGGGACAUCCGAAAAAUGAGCGAGCCGACAGAAAAGUUAAUCCUGGACAUCACAAAGAAAGGAAACCUUGACCUGGCUUUGGGCGGAAUCUCACUGGAGUUUGAACCAACUAUGCCAACCAAGUUCAUGGUGGGAACCGAGCAGGGCAUGGUAAUCUCCUGUAACCGCAAGGCCAAGACUCCAGCCGAAAAGAUUGUGUGCACUUACAGCGGGCACCAUGGACCCAUUUAUUCCGUGCAGAGGAACCCCUUCUUCCCUAAAAACUUCCUGACAGUUGGAGACUGGACGGCCCGGAUCUGGUCUGAAGACUCCAGGGAAUCCUCCAUUAUGUGGACAAAAUAUCACAUGAGCUACUUAACAGAUGCAGCGUGGAGUCCGGUACGGCCCUCUGUGUUCCUGACCACCAAAAUGGACGGCACCCUGGAUGUCUGGGACUAUUUAUUCAAACAGAACAACCCCUCUCUCAGCCUCAAAGUGUGCGACGAGCCUCUCUACAGCCUCCGCUUACAGGAUAACGGGCGAUUUGUGGCCUGCGGAUCGAAGAACGGUUUGACAACCCUCCUGGAGAUGUCACCGGGACUCUGCACCAUACAGAGGAACGAGAAGAACCUCACCACCGCCAUGUUCGAGCGUGAGACCAAGAGAGAGAAGAUCCUGGAAGCGAGGCACAGAGAGAUGCGGCUGAAGGAACGCAGCAAGGCCGAGCCAGGUAAAGAGGAGGAGACCAAGGAGGACAAGCCGGAGGAGAACACAGAGGAGCUGAUCGCCAAGGCAGAGAAAGAUUUCGUAGAGAUGAUUGAAGCGGAGCGAAAGAAGCGGGAUCAGGAAGAGAAGAAACUGCAAGACAAGGAAGGAGAGGAGAAAGAAGUGUCUGAAGAGAAAGAUGUGAAAUAAUAGCAGGUUGAAAGUCUGUCCACGCGGUGAAAAGAGUGACUUUCCAUAAACUGUGACUAUGUGACGGAGGUGUCCCUCUUCUUCCUACGCGUUCCGUCACCCCACCGCCCGUCCCACUACACAGAGCAGAAGUCCGCACUACAGGAUCGUUUUUUUUUUUCACUUGAUUGUUCUUACCGUUUCCCUUCUGUUUUUUUUGU